AAAAUGGGGACAUUUCUAGGACAUAUUUAUCCAGGACUUCUUGUAAUAAUAGUAGGAUUACGUAAUCUAUGGAUUAACUUGAGAUCAUUUUAUACUGGAGAAUGUAAUCAUAACCAGUUAAAUGGAAAAAAUGAUUGUCAUAAUCCUCAUGAUUUAAAGAGUAAUCUAAGAGAAUCUAUAUAUUAUAUUAUAGUUGGAAUUAUAUGUUCUGCGAAUGAAAUAAUUCCUUGUUUAAUAUAUGAUGAAUAUUAUUUUGGAGGACAUAGUUAUCAACAUAUGACAAUAUUUAUUGCGAUAUCACUUUAUGGUGUGGUUCGAAUUAUUCUGUCUUACAAAUUACCACAUUUAUUCAAGCAGAUUUCUGAUUUAUUUUACCUUAUGGUGGGAUGUGCUGUAUACUUUUUGCUGAUGUUUCAUCUACACGAACGAACUCCAUUCGAUACACAUGUGCAUAUUAUUUUGAUUCAUACAAUAUCAUUUACAAUUAUAUCACAUAUUGCCCAGAUUAUUUCCAAUUCUAAUCCAAUCUUCAGUUUGAUACAUAAUUUUUGUUUCAUAUUAAUUGGUUCAUGGCUUUGUCAUAUUGCAUUCUAUCUUUAUCCACCAUGGAGUUGGUUAACUGUUUGGGAUCAGAAUGACAUAAUAUCCAUUAUACAUGUGAAUAACAUUCUCUCAUAUCAUAUGAUAAUGAUCUGCUUGACUAUAAUCAUAAUGAUGUUUAUUUUAAAUUGGAAAAGUCGGCAUACAAUACAAGCGUCUCGUUGUUUUUCUGAACACAAUCUACAAAGAUCCACUGUGAAACAAUGUCAUUCAUGAAUAGUUAACGAGUAUUGUUCCAUGAGCAGAAGUGAUAAAUAACAUUUUCAAAUAAAUAUGGUUGUGAAUUUCUGGAGUUCUUUUGUCACAUUACAGUCUUAUUGAUAGAUAAAUUUAUCAAAGUAUCUUCAUAAUGACAUUACAAGAAUUUGUUGUUCUUCAGAUAUAUAUAUAUAUAUAUAUAUAUAUAUAUAUAUAUAUAUACCAAAAUGUUGGUAAAUUUUUUAAAAGAAAAUAAAAGUAAUGGUUGUGUGUGAACGUUGUUCUCCCCCCCCUUUAAACUAGAUUUUCAAAAGUUGUUUAAUGAAAUCAAGAAUAAUGAUAAAUCCUUUCAUUGUCGGCAGUUCACGAAAACUUCACCAGAUUCUCUUGAAUUCGAAUGCAUUAUUUGAAAUGAAACUCAUAACUUUAUUAUUUCUGUCAAGCAAAACAAUGUUUUGUUGUGUAACAUGAUCGGUUAUAACUUUUCAAUUACAUCCCAGCUUGACCAGUAAUUAAAAUCUGCAUAUAAUUAAU